AUGUUGGGGUUUUUGUUGGGAUUGGUGGCGCUGCAGGCCCGGAGCUGCGGCCUGGAGAGCCCCUUCCCCAUCCCCGGCCCGGAGCUGCGGCCUGGAGAGCCCCUUCCCCAUCCCCGAGCUGUCCCCGCUGCGGACGCUGUCCCUGUCCUGCAACGCUCUGGGCCCGGCCGGGCUCGGGAAGCUCCUGAGGACGAUCCCGGGCCGGAACAUCCGGAACCUGGAGCUGGAUUCGGUCAGCGGGAAAAAGCGGAGCGGAGGAACCCUGGGAACGGAGCUGGGCUGGCUCCUCAGGCAGUCCGGCUGUUCUCUCCGUCACCUCUCGCUGGCCGGGAACCACCUGAGGGACAGCGACGUCCUGGAGCUGGCGGGGUCUCUCCCUCUUUGUCCCUCCCUGGAAUCUUUGGAUCUCUCGGCCAAUCCCGAGCUCGGAUCCGGAAGCUUCCGGAACAUUCUGGAAGCGCUGGAAAAACGGGAACGGGGCUUGGAAUUCCUGAACCUGGCAGGAUGCGGCGUCGGGGACCUGGACGGAGCCGCCCGGAGCCGGAGCCGAGGGAAAAUCCGGGAACUGCGGCUGCCAGGGAGGCGCCUCUGGAACGGAGCCUGACGGACUGGGACGGACUGGGAUAAACUGGGAGGGACUGGGAUAAACUGGGAUGGACUGGGAUA